UGAUAAACUCCAUAUGUUUCCUUCCAUAAAUCACACACAGUUAAUAUAAUUAUAAUUAAAUCACCUAAAAGAUCAACAAACUCAUACAAAGAGAGAGAGAGAGAUCCUUCUACUUCUAAAUCCCAGCCUACUCUUCAUUUUUAGGGUCUAUUUCUCUUCGAUUUAUAUCUAUAGAUUAUGCUGUAUCUGAAGAAUUAUAGAUAGAAGGUGCGGAAUCUUGACUAAAAGGUGGGAGUAUGAGUGAUAGACGUAGAAGGUCUGAAUCUUUAUGGGACAGAAAAGAAGACGUGGUGCCUAAAAAUGAGACUAAGGAGUUUGAUUUAAGCUUUACAGGUGGUGGUUCACCAAAAUGGUCAAAUUUAGAUGCUGAUGAUGUCCUGAUCUCUGAUGAUUAUUCGAGGCAGCUAUCUCGAGAGCUGAUGCAGACAAAUGAAAACAUGCCCAUGGAUAAUGACAGAGAUAGAAUGAAGACAGAUCCUGCUUUUGACGAAUGGGCAAAUCAAUAUGACUCCCAUCCUUUAGACAAUAGGGGUGAUGAUCGAGGAGUAAGUGUCCCUGGGAGCAUGAGCAAGGAUAGAGACCGAGGUAGGAGCAGAAGUUUGAGCCCCCACCGAAGCCGGGGCCGGGACAGGGAUAGAGGUAGCACUAGGGCCUUGGCUAGGAGCAGGAGUCGGAGUAGAGAUAGGGACCAGGGCAGACCGAGGAGCCCUUCUAGAGGUGGUGCAAACCGACUAGAUGAUGAUUACUUAAGUGGAUCUCGAUCCCGUGAUGAUAGAAAUUCUCGCGAUCGCACACGAAGCAAGGGUUCAGAUGGUUAUAAAAAAGAUAGUGCACCUUAUGAUGAUUACCGGAAAAGCAAUAGGAGUGCUUUUGACGAUCAAGAUCACAGGCGGCAAUCAAGCCAAGCUAUGAAACACUCAUGCAAGUUUUUUAUGAUGGGUAGAUGCAACCGCGACAACUGCAGGUUUUCUCAUGACCCUCCAGAAUCAGGUAGCUAUGAAGGUAGGUCACAUGAUAACAUCCAGAGUAACAAUAAUUCAUGGACUGAGCAACCACAAGAACAUGUAAGUGCUUCGGGGUUUUCUGAUGUUCCUAAUUCCAACCCUAGUUUUGAUGACAAGAAUAGUUCUUGGAAUGACCCGUCAUGGAACAAUCUGGAUUUAGGAGGUUUUGAUGAAAUGUCACGUGAUAUGGAUAUGGCUAGUAAUCAAGAAUCUCAACUCAUUCAUGAUGGUUCCGGAGUGUAUAAGUCUGAUGGUCACCAAAUGGCCCCUGGGGUGACCAAUCAACAAGCUCUUUCCUACGGAGAACCUUUUACUCAAAUUGUUCAAAAUACAGCUUCUCAGUUCCCUUCAAAUGCAAACGGGAAUGGACCUCAAAUUCAGUUAAAUGGUUCAGUUGAAGAUAUGUUUCUAAGUGUGGGCAUACAAAAUCAGACAGAUAUUCAGAACAAAGGUGGAAAGUCUCUAGAAACUUCUAAAAAUAAUAUCCCACAAGUACCGGGUGAAACCACAUCAAAUACUGAGCAGGUUCCUCAGAAAGCUCAGAGCCUAAAUCUCGCUGAUGCCCUCGGAUUGCUCUACUCUCUUCCGGACUCUGCAUCUAUGACUGUCAAUGAGCCUGUAAAAACUAGCGUACCUCAAAGUCUGAUGUCAGUGGAACCAGUUGGAGAGCCAAAAGUUAGUGAAGAAAGAAAAGCCGAGGAUCCUGGAAAACCCGAGACUACAGGAAAACUGGAGGAGGGCAAUAUUGGCAAUGAUGAAAAGGCGAUGAGGCAGUUCAAGAUUGCACUUGUGGAAUUUGUUAAAGAGAUUCUGAAACCAACUUGGAAGGAAGGUAAGAUGAGUAGAGAAGUUUACAAAAAUAUUGUAAAGAAAGUAGUUGAAAAGGUUACGAGUACAGUACAAGGAGUUCAGAUCCCAAGAACGCAAGAGAAAGUCGAUCACUAUCUCGCGUUUUCUAAAUCCAAAAUUACUAAGCUUGUUGAGGCAUAUGUGGGAAGGUUUCAAAAGGCAUAGCAAUGCUUCUGCCACGCUUAUUUUGGUUUAUUUACUAAACUCUAUUGAGGUAUUAAGAUUCCAUAAGGUGGGUUUAUAGUUAAGAACAAAUAUUGGUUGUAUAGAAUAUGAUGAUUUGGCCGCUCUAGUAAAUUUAUUUAUAUGGCCACAACUCAUGCUUCAAUCACCUGUUGGUCCCUCUGUCCUACUUUCCUGCAAAUAUGUGAAACGACACUUUUGUCCUAACACGAAAGUUUCAAAUGGCAGUUAUCACCAAGGUCAUUUUUAUUGGGGAAUAUGGACAGCGGGUAAAAUAUGAUUGAAAUAUGAGGUACUUAUUUUGUUAGAAUUAGAUAUAUUUUAUUCUAGUUGGAGGAGAUGUUUCGUUGCUGUCCUUAUCAAUUGAAAACACUUGUAUUGGGUUGUUGUAUUUAAAUGACCGUUGCUCGGUGUCUGGAAUUUUCUACUGCGUAACACAGGCGAAAACAUGCAUUUUCAUGAGUAGUUAAGAAGCUGAGGAAUCCAACUCUGGUAAAUGUUUGACGAUGAUACCAUUUUGGUAGAUCAAGCUUAGAUUACGGGGGGAAAAAAAGAAAAAAAAAAAAGCUUGUAUUACGAAAAUGAGAUUCCAAUUUGAAUGAAAAUAUCAUUUGGAAGGUAACAUUUGGUCUGAGGGAGUGAAGUGGGCAUAUGAGCACAUCUAUUGUUGGGUCGAGGUAAAUUUAUGUAUCUAGUGUGUCCAGACAACAGUCAUGAUGCUAGAUUGCAAAAUUGGGAGCUGAUACUAAAACAUACAGGCUGUGAGCUUCUCUUUGAAAGAAGAGGUUUAAUGUAAAUUGAUUUCUUGUUACUUUACUAAGACGAAUAUAUAUUAUAGAUAAAAUUGUUUUGUAUUUUGAAAUCUUUAUAAAAUAUGAAGAAAUUGAUGUGA